AUGAAAUAUCGAACAAAUACAAAGAUAAUUCCGUACCGCUUGGAAAAGACAGUGUGUAAUAACACAAACAGACAGUUUGAGAGAUUCAGACUGAAGACUACGGUAGGGUAUUCUUCCCAUCAAACGUGUCGCCGACCUAGAUUCCGCUCAAAACCGUGCCGGUCAAAAUGCUGGAAUUUUUGGGCAGAAAAUAUUUACUCAGUGGUGCUCACUGUCGUCUUCCUAGCUAUCAUACCAUGGGGGAGGAAUGUUUGGUUGACAGCGGACACACUGAUUUCACUUGCGUUUGCCGCUAUAUGUACUCUCUUUCCUGAGCGGUAUUUGAAAUUUCAGGUGGACGGUGUGGUGGAUGGCGUUCAUGUCCAUAUGUUACGCCUUUUUGGGCUGAUGAUCCUGGGAACAUCAAUGUUCGGCGGUUGUGCAUUGAUCACAAAAGAGAACACAACAAAGACCUCCAUUCUAUGGGGAAGGGUCAUAGGACUGGCCAUUUACAUCAUGGCUAAAACACACAGCUUCAUGAAUUUGAGAACUGGAACUACAUGGAAUCCAAUGGCAUUGAAUUUUGGUAUCUAUGGAGACUGUCUGUGGUUGCUUGGUAACCUGAUAUAUGCUGUGAGCAGCACAGACUUUGGUGGAGCUAAAACCUCCCAUGGGUCGCUGAACAUGUUCCUUGGAUUUGAUUUUGUACAGACAUUCCUGUUUGCAUUCCUCUUCUUCACCUUUCCUGGACCCAUGUUAGGUUUCCAGUGUAAAGAGAAGCUAAGGGGCCUCCACCUAUGCAUCAUCCGUAUGUUCGCAGCAUUCAUUUUCAAUUCAGCUGUCAUCUCUGGAAGGACUCCUAACUUUCCUUCACUAACAGACAAAGUCAACUUUCUUACAAUUAGACUUAUCGUGAAUGCCCUUCUAGUGACAGCACAGCUGUAUACUCAACUGACCACAGACUACUGGACACAGUGGCAUAUCUACUUUGGGAUGGUUGGCAUGUCCAUCUGGUCCAUUAAUGCUGCUAUCGGCUACUCAAGGGCCAUCAAUGCUUUAAAGUCAACCAAAACAGAGUGACGUUGGUUUGUGUGGUUAAUACAUAAUAAAUGUGCAAUCAAAUGAUUCAGGUAUAAAGGGCUAUAUUUACACCGUUUGGCGUGGAAACCAUAAUUAUUAGGUAACCAAGAUCUCAAUGUGUGUUGUGAAAUCAUCAGAGACUGUCCAACAAUGUGUGUUUGAUUUGAAAUUUUUUUUUAAUGUUGUAUCUGAUAAUGUUUUGUGUGAGCAUUUUUUCUUUAUUGUGCAAUUUGACUUCAUGUAAAUGUUUGGUUUUUUUUUUCGGUGUAGAAACUCUUUAGUCUUAGAUUAUCAAGAUACACAAGGUCUCAAACCAAAAGUGCUACUAUCUUAAUUAACUUGUGGCCUUAUUGAUAUCUGUGUAAAUGAUUCAGUAUAGGACUUGCUUAUCUCAGAAUUUGAUGUCCAAAAUAACUCUGAAAUACUGUAACAUGCUUCUCAGAUUACUGUAAUUAUUCACAAUAUUGUGAGGUGAAUAGUGAAGAAACAUUAGUGUUAAUAUUGCGAGUUUCUGGAUCAAUAAUGAAGGUUAUUACUCUGUAAUAAGCUACUGUGGGACAUGUGUGCUGUUCAAGACUAGUUACACUCAUUUCAUUCAGCAAUUGAUCAUACCGUACAUGUUGCUGAAUACACAGUUUACAUAUACAUUAUACUGGUACUUAAGUCUUCAGAAGACAAAGAAGAAAACUCAUAUCUCAAGAUCUUAAGUUUGAUGAUUGCAGAGUUACUUUUAAUAGAUUUCAUCUUGACAGUUAAGCUUUAUAUAUCAGAUUUUUAAUCUCAUUGUGUCUAAAUGGUGGUAUUGCGGUAUGAAUGCAUUAACUUUUUGUCUCUGUGUGAAUUUUUGUGACAUCUUUAAUAAUUUUAGUCAUCAUGUAUAAACUAAGUCAUCAUUGUACAAACUACCAUUAAAUUUUUCAUUUUGCUGGCCCAAAACUUUCAACUAUUAAAUGUCUAUACUAAAGUUUAAAGGAAAAUACAAUCCUAGAAAAUUAACAUUUAAUGUGAACCAUGUGUUAUGAAAUGGAAGCCUACCAUUUACUCUGAAGAGUAAAACAUUAAUUUAUGCAUGCCCAUACUUCAAUCUUCAAGGUAUUGCAUAUUUUAUUUUCUAGAAUAGUCCUUCAGUUAGGACACCAAGGCAAAACUGUAGAUUUUAUGUUUCAAUGCAAUCUCUGUUAAACAUUAAUGACAAUACUUAAAAAUGCUUUAAUAGUUUGACUCUCAAGCUUAAUAUAAAAAAAUUUUAACAGAUCAGUGCAAUAAUGAGUUGGCUACCAACAGUAUUUGUCUUAAGAAACAAUAUACAGUAUUGAGUAUUAUUAUCAAACUGAAAUGAAUGAAAUGUUUUUGAAUUUGCCAAUAUUAUGAUUACAUACUGCUCAAGUUUAACUUCACAGUAUAUGGCUGCUAAAAAAAGAUGCAAUUUAUAAAAGAAUGAUCAUGGGUUGUUGCCUUGAAUUUAAGAUGAAGGCUCUUAAUAUUUCAGAAAAAUAUUGAUCAUUUGCAUAAACAUAACUUCUUAAAUUUUGUCAUUUCUAUAGACGAAAUAACCAUAUGAUGGUGGAAGUGUUGGCCGGCAAAUAUAACUACUGUUAUUUGUAGUAUAAUCAGAUUAUUACAGAAAAUAAAGUGGUGUUAAAAAUA